AUGUCUGAUGACAACGCUACGGCUCCCGCCGGGACUGGAGACGAUGUAACCCCUGUGACCGCCCCGGCCUCUCACGCCGUUGCGGGUGACAACGACGACAUUCUCGCGGUCGAUGCGGAGACGGAAGAUACCUCGUCAAUCACAUACGGGAGUCUUGCCUCGUCGACAACAAGUGUGACCAGCUCGGUUCUCGGGUAUCGACUGGAGAACGGACGGACGUACCAUGCCUACAAGGAAGGGAAGUACCUGAUGCCCAACGAUGAUAGGGAAAUCGACCGAUUAGACUUGCAGCAUAACCUGUUCAUCCGUACGUUUGAUGACCGGCUCGGGACGGCGCCGCCCAAUGAGCCUGGUGCGAAUGUUGGACGGGUCCUGGAUGUCGGAACGGGCUCGGGAUCCUGGGCCAUCGAUUUCGGCGAUGAGCAUCCCGAGGCUGAAGUCCUUGGCGUUGAUUUGUCCGCCGUUCAAGUCACAAUGGUGCCGCCCAACGUGAGGUUCGAAAUCGACGACAUCGAGGAGCCCUGGACUUUUUCGCGGCCCUUUGACUAUAUCCACAGCCGAGCGAUGACGGGGAGCAUCGCCAACUGGAGGAAGUACAUCCAGAGCUGCUACGACAACCUGAAGCCCGGGGGCUACUUCGAGCUCAACGACGUCGACGCCUGCCCCGUCUCCGACGACGGUACGCUGGUCGAGGACUCGGCCCUCAUGAGAGCCGCACGCCUGUGCCUCGAGGCCAUGGUCGUCCUCGGGGCCCCCUACGAGGAGUUUGGCCGGCUCGGGGCCGUCAUGCGGGAGGUCGGCUUCGAGGACGUCCGCCUGCAGCGGUUCCGGUGGCCCACGAACGGCUGGCCCCGGGACCCGAAGCACAAGGAGCUCGGGUACUGGAACUACGACAACCUCGCGCCCAACGUCGAGGCGUUCCUGAUGGCGCCCCUGACGCGGGCCCUGGGCUGGACGAGGGAGGAGGUCCUCAUCCUCGCCAUGGAGGUUCGCAAGGACCUGGGGAACAGGAACAUCCACGCCUACUACAACAUCUGGUCCAUCUAUGGAAGAAAACCUUCCGCUGCCACGGCUACUCGGACAGCCGCCGCUUGA